CAAAAAAUGACAAGAGGUCUCUUCGGAGACGCGUGUUAUUUUUUGCUAAUUAUCGUCGAAUUUUUACUUAAAAUUAUAUUUGGCAUAACUCAAAGUGUAGUUCGUGUGUCCAGUUUCCUGCUGCAACAAAUUUUUCAUGUCACCAUGACUGAAUCAUCGAAAAAACGGAAGAGGAGCAACAACGAGAAACCUAACCAAACUGUUGUGAAUCGAGGCAUAAUAGACGCGAACUGGCAAAAAUUUCUAUCAAACAACCUCAUAAUGGACACGAAAACGGAAAAACCCGUCGAGAAAACCAAUACCGAGCACUUCACUGGCACUUUCAGACGCGCGAGAAAGAAAAAACAUAGUUUAAAAGAAGUUUCUAAUUCUGUCCAAAAUGACUUGAAAACGCUUAAUAUUAGCACGGAAACAACGAAUUUAGUGUCUAACAACACAUCUUUACCUACAAAAGACUCAAAGACAGUGACUAAUGACGUGAAAAACAACCAGAAUCCACAAAAUAAGUUAACAAAGUUUAUAGCGAUGGAUUGUGAGAUGGUGGGCAUAGGAUAUGAUGGUAACGACCACAUGUUAGCUAGAGUGUCCCUCGUUAACAAAUUCGGCGACUGUAUUUAUGACAAAUUCGUGAAACCGAGAGAGGAAGUGAUAGACUAUAGAACUAAUAUAAGCGGUGUCCGGAAGGAAGACAUGUUGAACGGAGAAGACUUUACGAAGGUGCAGAAAGAAGUGUCAGAUAUCCUUAGAGGGAGAAUUCUGGUUGGACAUUCGUUAAAGAAUGAUCUGAGCGUCCUUUUCCUAUCGCAUCCGAAGAGGAAUAUUAGAGAUACAUCAAGAUAUAAACCAUUUAGAAAGAUAACAAAAGGCAGUACACCGUCUCUGAAGCGUCUUGCGAAGGAAAUCCUUGGCAUUGACAUCCAGAGCGCGGAACACAGCUCGGUAGAAGAUGCCAGAGCAGCGAUGCAGCUGUAUUGCACCGUAGCAAAGAAAUGGGAAGCAAUGAUGAGUGAGAAACGUGGGGGACGGAGAAUUGAUGACUCCAGUUGAAAGAUAUUCAGGGUUGCCAACUUUUUUUAAAAAGAAACAUGUAAUAUAGGGAGUAUUUUUAUGACAAACGGUCUAAAUAUAAAAAAAAAAAAUACGAAAAUCCAGGAAAAUAAAUUACAUACAUUUUAGGACUGUCAAUCAUCCGUCCCUUUCCUUAUCGGCGGAUAAGAAAAUGUCAGGUAUAAUUUCAAAUGAAAUUAAAAGAUGUAUGCAGGAAUCAGUGCUAAUGUUGACACUGAAACACAUUAUAUCGAAAACCACCGACCCGCUAGGAUCGAAUAAUUCUUUGAAAUGUAAUCCCUCAGCCAACGCCCUGAGCCGCGGUUCGCGCCCUAAAUUUUGUACCGCCCUCAGCGCUCCCCAUUUGUCCGGCCAAGUAGUUAAUGCCAUCUGCGGCAAAUCUACAAUAAGUAACUUAAAAAAAAGCACAAAUAACAAAACACGAGGCAGAGGAGAACGCAUGCGCUAAUGCAAAAAUUCUUCAUGAAAAGAAUUGACUCCUGGUUGUGACUCUGUCCACCCCCUUUGGGUUUACGAGCGUGACUUUAUGUGUAACGAAUAAAAUGACUUUCCAGGCUAUAAGUGAGAUUCCGUAAUAAAAAUAUAGAUUGCGCUGUAUAAUGUUGGCUUAACCUCCUAAUUUCAUGGAUUUUAGCCAAAUAAGAUGCAUUUGGACAUAACUCAUUUCCAAUACAAUGUAGAACUGCACUUCUAACAAUUCAUAAUUGUCUUAACCAUGAUAUAAGAAACCCUGGGGGGUUAAAAUGGCCACAUCGAAGCAAUUCAUCUAAGAAAGCAAUAUUGCUAUUAAAUUUUGACAUUUGUUUGCAUUGCGCACUUACUUUUAUAUGCGCAAUGUGGCUCCGAUGUGGCCAUUUUAACCCCCCGGUAUUCUCAAAAGUGACAGCUAACAUUUCAAGGUUAACCCAGCUGACGUCACACGCCAUACGCCGCCAUACAAGUACAUACAAGUAGUCAUACAAAUACAUAUAAAACUAAAAAAAUCAAAAAUUUUGCGAUGGAAAAUUCCACUUCAUAUCAACUCAGAAUCAUGGCCUGAAUCAUCCCUCAAAGUUUUCGUUACGAUGUCACUAACACUUUUAAUAACUUGUCACAUUGUUUAUUGACACAAGAAAUUAACUUACUUUUCAAUAAUAAAAUUUACUUUCUUGGAAUGUUGGAGAUACCAAUUUAAUGGUAACACUUACGUCAUCAAUGGGCUAGCAAUGGCGGCUUGUUAUAGGAUUGAGCAUACCUACCUGGUUUUCUUAUACACUUCUCAUCAAAAAAAUCGAAACACCUUGCAAGUUUACGUUUUGUCAGGAUUAUCAGAAAAAUGUGUACAUUUAGGAAUAAAUGUUAAAUGUCGUUUAAUAGUGAGUAAUAUGAGCUUAUCAAAUCUUAAUGUUCUAAAUUUAAAUGAAUUUUUCAUAGGUUUCGUAUUUUGUUAAAUGAGUCAUUUUUAUUCCGUAUGGAGUAUAAAUGAAAUGGAUAAAACAACAAACGUAAAUGAAAAAAAAAAGCUAAAAAACGUUUAUUUAAUAACUUGUAUUCCCUCCCCGAGCUCUAAUUACUGCUUCCAUACGGUUCUUCAUCGAUCGGAUGAGAGUCACGAUCACAUGCUGUGGUAUAUUGUCCCAUUCCUCUUGGAUUGCAUCUUGCAGCUGGCUAAGUGUUUCUGGGGCAGGAU